GCAGUAAUCCCCAAAGGGUGCGCCUCCGUGUCCAGACGGAAUCGACCGCCACACGGUUCGUCGAAGGGCACGGCGGUGGGAGAAAGACCUGCCGCCUUCUCCUCCUCUGGCAGGCUGCGCAUACCAAUCUCCCACGGAGUCGUCAGCUUCUUGAUAGCGCCAUGCCCCCGAAAGAUCUUCCCGGCUUCUAUUACGACGUGGAGAAGAAUCGCUACUUCCCUAUCAAAGGUCCCAUUCCUGGCUCGAAGCGUCCGCUGGUUUCCUCCUCGGUUUCGUGUUCUUCAUCAAAACGGGCUACUAAUGGGGAGUUCUCCAAUCCAUAUCAGGAUCAUCAAAUGCACCAAGCGAGCCGAAGAAAGCUGUUAAAAUCUUCUGAGCUGCUUCAAGUUAGGGAGAUACAUGGUAGAUCUAUUGUUUCAAAUAAAUACAGAUGUAAUUUUGAACAAGAGUAUCAAAAGCUGCAAGCUUCUUAUCCCAUGGUGUGGAAAUAUCAAAACACGGUUGGUGUAUCCGAUGGUGCAUUGGAGCAACUACAUGGUAUUGUUCAAACACCCAAAGGUUUGCAGUUGCAAAAAUUUUUGACAAUGGGUAGUAUGACUGGUUACAUCAGUCUGUAUGAAGUUGCAACAGUCAGCCAAUAUUUUGAUUAUCGGUUUGAGUGCAUACCAAAGCCCAUUUGGUCUGUGAGAAAUCCCAAAACAUGUGACGAUUCUGGAAUUGCUGGUAUAUGGUGCUUGGCAGAGUCUCUUCCAGGUUUUUCAUCCAGUAUUUCCUGCAUAAAGAAGUUUAGUGGGAAUUUUUCUGAUACCACUCAGGAUGGUUCUUCCUUUCGCCAUGCUUUCUUGACACUGCACAUGAUGACCACUUUUGGAUCAGGAGCAGCUGGUGGUUCUGUCUAUAUUCUGAAUCUACAUGAACCUCUAGAUUUAAUUUUAAGUUCUGGCAGCCUUUUUAGCCAUAUUUCACAGAUUGCAUCAUUCGAUCGCACAAUAUGGACUGCUGAUUGUAAUUCACAUGGGACACAAGCAGUGAUUGGUACUAAUCUUGGAGCUACAUUGAUAAACUUAGAAACCGAAGAGGUGUCAUGGUUCUACCGUAGUCGAAGUGAUGUCUUUUCGCAACAGUUUAUUCAUUCGGGAAAUGUUGUUCUAUGUGGGCAAAGAAAUGGAGCAGUUAUAUCAGUUGAUAUUCGGCAAAAACAAUCAAGGCAUAAGCUUGGUAGAAAUUUGAAUUCAUCUGAUGCUGUCUUCAUGUCUUCGGCUGUUUGCAGUUUGGUAGCACUUCAAUCAGAUGAUAACUAUUUUUUAGCUAGCUCCAUGGAUGGAUCUAUCAAACUCUUUGACUGCCGUCUUCUUCAAAGAGGAUCAGUCCAAUCUUACGCAGGACAUGUGAAUUCACACACCCGUUUGCAACUUGGAGUGAACCCAUCUGAAACAUUUCUUAUAUCGGGUGGGGAGGACUGCUUUUUGCGCAUAUGGAGCAUCAAGAACGGUGAGCUUAUAUUUGGGGAGAAAGUCUCGGACUCGAUACUCACAACGGUUUGCUGGCCAAAAACUGGAAAUGAGUUUGAUGGGAAACAAAAAUCACGUAAGCAAUUAGAGUGCUGCUCCGAGUAUUCAUAUUUUCCUACCCAUAGCUGGGGUACAUGGUUGGGAUCACCUGAUGGGCUAUUUUACAUGCAUGGUACUUGAUCUAACCAAAACAAAUAUAUGUGACGGUACAUGGAAAUCUGCUGCCUUGUGGUAAGUGACACUUGGAGGAGUAUACAAGUAUCGAUGUCAAGAUAUCUGCCAGAGACUGCAUCUUCCGCUGUUCCCAGCAAUGUAGUGCUGAUCCAGUCGGUAGGUUGGAUGGAAGUUGCUGUUCUCCAGUUUUUGGAAUUAUUGUAAAUGGUUUAUCUCUGUGUUGAUGGUUAACCCUUCUCUUUUGGAGCUAACCAUGCUAAAUCAUCCUCUUUAAGCAUCAUCAACCAUGUUAUAUUUGUAUAUUUUCUGUAUUAUAAACUUCAUUAGAGCUGA